ACAGAGAAGGCGUAAACAAAUUCUGCGAUAGCAUGGCGUUCAAAUUCGUUAUUUUCGCUUCUUUGGUAGCAGCUGCUUCUGCUGGAUUGAUUCCAGAGCAUGGAUAUGCCACCUCUCAUCAGAUUUCGAACAUUCAGCAUCACGCUCCAGCUCUGCAUCAUAUUGCUCCAGUUCAGCACAUUGCUCCAGUUCAUCAUGUGGCCGCUGUUCAUUCUGCUCCACUCCAUCAUACCAUCGUGAAGGAAGUCGAACAACACGCUCCAGCCAAUUACGAAUUCUCGUACUCUGUUCAUGAUGAGCAUACUGGAGAUAUCAAGAGCCAGCACGAGACUCGCCACGGGGAUGAGGUCCAUGGACAGUACAGUCUUCUGGAUUCGGAUGGCCACCACCGCAUUGUUGACUAUCAUGCUGAUCAUCACUCCGGAUUCAACGCCGUUGUCCGUCGUGAACCAACCCACGUCAAGAUUGCCCAGCCAGUGCAUAAAGUGGUCGCUCAACCAAUCCAUUUGGCUUCUCAUCACGCCGUUGCUCCUCUGUCCCACGCCACCAUCUCACAUCAUGCCACUCCGGUGGCUCACAUCACCCAUGCUGCUCCUAUUGCCCAUAUCUCGCACCAUUCAGCUCCAUUGACCCACGCCUCUCUGACGCACGUUGCCCCAAUUGCCUACCAGAGCCAUGGACAUCUGGCUCCAAGUCAUCUUAGUCACCAUCAUUACUAGAAUGUAAACAUUUAUCGCGAGAAUUUAUUGCCCUAAGGACCUGAUUAUGUGAUAUAGUCAAAUGAAAUAAAACAAUCAUAUUGAAGUACGAUAGUUAUCAUUGGUCUAGGUGCUACGGACAAACUCAGUUUUGUUGAUAAGUUUGACUAAGUACUUCACGGUUUUUUUUCUGAUAAGGGACAUUCUUUUGAAACAUGAAAUUCUAUUCAAAGUAUCUUUAUCGGAAGCUACAAUC